AUGUCGAAUCAAACACCGUACAUCGGAAGCAAAAUUAGUCUCAUCUCCAAGCUAGACAUCCGCUACGAGGGAAUCUUGUACACCGUCGACACAAACGACUCGACUAUCGCUUUGGCCAAGGUUCGCUCAUUCGGAACCGAGAAGCGCCCCACCGCCAACCCGGUCGCUGCCCGUGACGAUGUCUACGAGUACAUCAUCUUCAAAGCCAGCGACAUCAAGGACUUGAUCGUGUGCGAUACGCCGAAGAUGGCAAAUAUCGGGUCGGGACUUCCAUAUGAUCCCGCCAUCAUCUCUGUGUCUUCCCGAUCGGCCCCAGCCAGCGAUGGAGCUCCCAACGCGUCAGCCGGUUCAUCGAGAGCCGGAACCCCAUCCCGGAACAGCCCUCUGGCCCACAUCGUCAACCAACAACGCCCUGGACGUGGAGGAUAUCAGCAAAACUUCCAAUCCAACCGAGGCUUCAACAACUACCGUGGAGGAUUCGGUGGUUACAACAACCAACGCGGGCACAACAACUACGGAGUUCCACGAGUCAACCAUCGCGAGAAGCUGAAGUUCGAGUCCGACUUUGACUUUGAGAAGGCCAACGAGAAGUUCCAGGAGACUCUUACUGACAACCUCGAGAAGCUGAACAUCGAUGAGAAGGAGCCGAAGGAGGUUGAGGAGAAGAAGGACUCUGCCUUCUAUGACAAGAAGACGUCGUUCUUCGACAACAUCAGUUGCGAAUCCCUGGAGAAGGCCGAAGGAAAGACCGGGCGCCCAGAUUGGAAGAAGGAGCGGGAGACCAACCAGGAGACGUUCGGCCACAACGCCGUUCGUUCGUUGAACUACCGCCGUGGAUUUGGUGGUCGGGGACGUGGAGGAAACCGUGGAUAUGGAGGAUACAACAAUGGUUACCAGAGCCGCGGAGGAUACAACAAUGGAGGAUAUCGCCCGAACAACGGAGGAUACCGUCGUGGCGGCUACGUUCCUCGGGACAACCAACACAGCAGCGCCGCCGCUACUGAGCAGUAG